AUGAGAGUUUCUAAUUUACUAACCAGCUUUACUUCGUUGUUAUUUAUUUCUCAAACAUCGGCAGCUCCAGCUAGAAAAGGAAAAGGUUUUGCCAAUUACUUCAAACGAGACAGUGCAGAAAAUGAUGAUACUGCUGUUCAGGUGGUGACUCGUUAUCACACGAGCACCCUGGUUGCCGAUGCGCCAACCACUACAUAUACUAGUUGGUCAGUACACACGAGUACUACAACUGUCACAUCUUAUACCGCAACCGUCACUAUGACAAUUUGGGGUAAGGCCAGAACAUAUACAACAGUUGCAACUACCCCGGUCUCAGCAGCCGAUGUUCAAGCCAAUUCGCAAAACGAAGUUACCCAGACAUCAUCAACAGGUUCAGCUACUCAGAUUGCUGUUUCUGCUGCUACUACUGUUACUACUGAUGACAUUACCUCAACAUCUGCCGGCUCCACAACAACUGUUAGUUCAAUCGGACCAAGUGUUCAGACUACAAUAGUGGUGAGUGGUAGCUCACAGGCAACUGCCACUGAUUCUACAGAAGAACAAGAAGAAGACGAAGAAGGAGUGGCGGCACUGGAUACAACCACCUCAACUACUCCAGCUGCUAGUCCAGCAACAUCUCCUAAGACGUCUCAACCUGCAGCAACAUCAACUUCAACUUCAUUAGCAAACCCAACCACCUCUUCGUUGUCAACUUCGCCCUCUUCUUCAUCAUCAUCAUCAUCUACUUCUCCUUCUUCUUCUUCUUCUUCUUCUUCUUCCUCGCCCUCAUCUUCGUCGUCAAUACUCGCAAAAGAAUCGACUACUACUAUCCUUGAGAAUGCAACCGAAACAACUGAACAGGCGGAUGAUUCAAGUCUGACCACAGAUGGUCCCACAAUCACCGGCGGUGCAAUACCAUCAUCUACUGACUCGUGGAUCAUUGACAAUGUUACAACAGUGACAUCCGACGGCAUUUGUUAUGUUAACUACGAUUACUAUUACGAGACCGAUUCAGCUGAUGAGACAGUCACACUGACAUCUACUAUUUACGCCACAGUUACUCUCUCGUAA